AAGGAACCGUCCAAGUGGGUUUUCCGGGUUGAUGGAUCUGUUUCUCUCUGACUGUUGAAUCUGUGAUUAUUUGGGACUCUGCUGGUUCAGGAUGCUGCUGGUUUUGUCUGAAGACCAUAAAGAGCACCUGGCCUUCCUGCCGAAGGUUGACACCGCAGUGGUUGGAGAGUUUGGUCGCAUAGCGCUGGAGUUCUUAAGGAGAGGAACCAGUCCCAAAAUCUAUGAGGGAGCAGCCAGAAAGCUUUCUGUUCCUGUGGAAAUGGUGCAGCAUGGAGUGGAGGGCCUGAUGUACCUGAUGACAGAGAGCUCUAAACACAUGAUCUCUGAAGUGGACUUUCUGGACUCAGUACUGGUUUUAGGGUUUGGCGAAGAGCUUAACCAGAUCCUCUUACAGCUCUACCUGCAACAUCACAGUCAGAUCCGCAGCAUCCUGAGUCAGCUGCCCUCCAACCUGCCUGCCUACCACAACCUGGAAUGGAGAUUGGAUGUACAGCUGGCGAGUCGUCCAGUCCGUCAGCAGGUCAUUCCCAUGCUGACGAUGCGUCUGCUCCUGACAAAAGGUUCUGACAGCCGUGGUGACUACAGCAGAAGGGUUCUCCAGACAGACCCCAGCACCCUCCUGCACCUCAUCUCCACACUAGAGGCCGCUCUAGCUGCCAUGAAAACAAGUCAUGCUCGCCGCAUAUGUCGCAACAUCAAAUAACCCCUCCUGGUCACUAUCUACGUGACCUGUGCCUCCCGCCACCUGCGGAACAUCACAUUACUGCCUCCAUACCUGGACACAAUAAGCAGCGUCUCUGCGUUCUGUGGUGUAGCGUUGAUCUGGUCCUGGAUCGUAAACUAGGUUUUUACCCAUCAGAUUGGCAAAUGGUUGUCACUUUUUUUACCCUUGAGUCACGAUAUGUGCCAGAUAGUAUUGACUGUAUUGUAAAUAAUGUUUCUACAGUGCUGCUGAUAUUGUAUUAAAGUGUAAGAAAGAAAUGAAAUGCCAUUCUUGUGGUUUGUCAAAGCCAGCAGUGUAAAGGCAGAAAGGCCCUGACUUUAUCUGUCAGAAUUUGAAUGGACCAUACAGUGUUUACAGGAAUACUUUGCCCACAAAAUGAUCAUUUGCUCAGGACUUCCCAGGCUUGAUUGAGACUGCUUAUGAUGACUCUACGUCGGCUUUAUGAAAGAGAUUAUUCAUUAGAUACUCUGUUUGUUGGGUUCAUUGAGCAUGCUUGUCACAAAAAGUCUUUAGUCAAGUCAAGCUGUUUUAAACCUCCUUUAAACAAAAAUUUCCUGAAAAUAAACCUGACUUACUGAA